UGGAGCAUUCAGCUGGGAACUUGAAAACACAUCUCCAACUAUAACAGAUGUAAAUUUAAAAGUAAAGAGAGGGAUGAAAGUAGCAAUCUGUGGAAUGGUCGGCUCUGGGAAAUCCAGUCUAUUAUCAUGCAUACUUGGGGAGAUGCCUAGGUUAGCCGGGGCUGUGAGGGUCAGUGGGAGCAGAGCAUAUGUUCCUCAGACUGCAUGGAUCCUGUCUGGGAACAUCAGAGACAACAUUCUGUUUGGAAACCCGUAUGACAAGGAAAAGUACCAAAAGAUAAUACAAGCUUGUGCAUUGACAAAAGAUCUUGAGCUAUUUGCAAAUGGUGAUUUGACGGAGAUUGGAGAAAGAGGAAUUAACAUGAGUGGUGGACAGAAGCAGAGGAUUCAGAUUGCAAGGUCAGUGUACGAGGAUGCAGAUAUAUACCUCUUUGAUGAUCCCUUCAGUGCAGUAGAUGCUCACACUGGAGCCCAACUUUUCAAGUCAUCGGUACUACAUUCAAGGCCCAAGUCUGCAGUGGGUACACCAACAUACAAUGCACCAGACGUUCUUUGUCGCCGGGAAUAUGAUGGGAAGGUGACCUAAAAGAAACCCUUCUUCAUAUAUGAUGUGCGUUUUUAUGUUUCUGAAAUUUGUAAGCACAUCUUCUGAGAGCACACCCCUUAUGUUCUUCGUCUUGGCAUUGUGUAUGGAUAGAUUCACUCA